AUGUCGACGGAAAAGAAAGGGAAGCCAUUGCCAAAGUUUGGUGAAUGGGAUGUGAACAAUCCCGCAUCGGCCGAAGGAUUCACCGUCAUUUUCAGCAAAGCUAGCGACGAGAAGAAGACCAAGAAAGCAUCCGGUGCGGGCCCUAAUAGUCUGGUUUCACCUCAGAGAAACCAAAACUCCGAUCAAAACAAUCAACAUGAUUCUCAAAACCCAAAAUCUAAGGUUAACUUCUUACUUCUUUCUCCAAAUGACCCAACCAUUUGGUUUACCUGA